UGACCCCACAGCUCGCAUGUGCAUUGUGCACUUUGCAUGCAGGCGGAAUACGAGAACACAGAUAAACACGUUACACCUGCGUCCGGCAUUCGACUGUUGACUCACGAUCGAACCGAAAUUUGCUAGAGCUGACGGCGGGUGCUGGUAUAUAUCCUGCUCCGCCGCUCCUCCUUUCCAUCCACAUCCACCACCACAUCCGCCACCACCACAAUGCCGAUAAACCACAUCUCCCUCACCGUCGCCUCCCUCCCUGCCACCAGUGCAUUCUACACCUCCGCCCUCUUACCACUCGGUUACAAGCGCACCUUCACUCUCGCAGACGGCCAAGUCCACGGCUUCGGUGCGUCGGCCUGCAGCGGCCCCGACUUCUGGCUUGCCGGGCCCGCCGCGCCAUCGGUCGACGGGAGCGAGGCAUGGCACUCGCACACGCCACAGGCGCAGACGGAGGACAAGAGCCCGCGCGAACCGACAGGACGCAUGCACAUCGCCUUCACCGCCAGCAGCCGGCGGGUGGUACGCGAGUUUCACGCUGCUGCGAUCAAAGCAGGCGGUAAAUGUAACGGCCCCCCCGGCGUGCGGCCGGAGUACUUCAAGACCUACUACGGCGCGUUCGUGUUGGAUCCCGAGGGGAGGAAUGUCGAGGCUGUGUGCAUGGCGCCGGCAUUUUGGGCGGAGGAGUGGGGGAUGCUGGGAUGGGGGGUUGGGACGGCUGUGGUUGGCGCCGUGGCGGUGGGCGUGGGGAGGUGGUGGGGUGUUAUUUGAGUGCGUGGGGGGCGGGGUGAGGGACGGGGGUGAGGGACGGGAGAGUGGGAAGGGAUGGGAUGGGAAUGGAUGGGAAGGGAAGGAAACGGAUGGGAUGGGAAGGGCAAGACGUUUCUCUGCUCUAUUUCAAGAAUCAAGAUAUCUGAGGCUUGACUGCCAGUCGAAGUUCUUC